CAGGGUGAGACCCAGAUCUGUAAUUCUCUCUCUUAUCAUUUGUUACGUAAAACAUAAAUAACCUUGAUGACUUCACUGCCUCGUUCCCUUUGCAUCUACUGCACUCCCUCCUCCUUCUGGUGCAGUAGAUCCAUAAUCCAUUCCCGUUCUCUUGGUACAUUCUGGCGUGCGCAGAGAUUGUGUGCUAAGCGAAUGCUAUAGUGACCAAGAACACCAUGUAUAGGAGUAGCCUUAGGGAGUCCAUGGGCGGCGGGAGGAAUGUUCCGGCGACGGGAUCGAAGCAGCACCGGCGAGGUCAAAGUUUGAAUUUCCCUUCCAAGGGCAAGGACUCAGACGAGAACCUCGAUCUCUUCUCUAAGAAUCUCCGUAGCCUCUCCGUUGCCUCCUCCGAUGAAUCGUCUGAUGUUUCGGUUAAAUUGGGGAGGCUCUCGGUAGGAUCAGCUAAAUUGGCAAGAAGUGGUAUAGAUGAUAUUUUGUCAUCAGCUGAGGAAGGAAAACACGAUUAUGACUGGCUUCUCACUCCUCCUGGAACACCUCAAUGCGAGGCUCAAUCAAAUGUAGUGGCUCCAAGAAGCAGUGCCAUGUCUAGAUCUGUCUCAACAACAAAGGCUUCAAGGCUUUCUGUUUCACAGUCAGAGAGCAAGGAUUCUACACAACCAGCUAGAAGUAGUUCAGUUACUCGCCCUUCCGUCUCUACUUCACAAUUCAAUUCCUAUUCCUCGAACAGAUCUCCUAACAUCCUAAAUACGAGCUCAGCUUCAGUCUCAUCGUACAUUAGACCAUCUUCUCCAAUUACCCGCUCUCCCUCAACCGCGAGACCAUCUUCUCCAAUUACCCGCUCUCCCUCAGCAGCUAGACCAUCUUCUCCAAUUACUCGCUCUCCCUCAACAGCUAGACCAUCAACCCCAUCUGCUCGCUCAACUCCUUCACGUUCAUCAACUCCUUCGAGAAUUCGUGCACCGCCCACCACCUCUUCAUUGGACAAGACUCGUCCAUCAGCCAACUCAAGGCCAUCGACUCCAAGUUCCAGGCCUCAUAUACCAGCAAACUUGAAUUCUGCUGCUAGAUCAAAUUCUCGUCCAUCAACUCCUACUCGCCGGAACCCAGCUCCUCCUCUGUCUCAUGCUGCAGGUUCUUCGGCUGGACGUGUUCUUUCAAAUGGACGCAAUCCUGCACCAUCAUCUAGACCAAGCUCUCCAGGCCCACGAGUCCAGCCCUAUCAACAGCCAGUUGUUCCUCCUGAUUUCCCUCUGGACACACCACCAAACCUUAGAACAACUUUGCCAGACAGGCCGCUCUCUGCUGGUAGAUCACGGCCUGCUGUCACUGUGAAGGGGAGUCCUGACCCUAUGGGUCCUGCCAAUAUGGCAAGAAGACAUUCUUCACCUAUUGUCACGAGGGGAAGACUUAUCGAGCCCCCUGGAAGGGGUCGAGUGCAAUCUAAUGGGCAUGUUGCACCUAUGCCUGAGCCUCAAAAGGCCUUACAUACUUCUGAGUUACCAAUGCGAAAACCUGUGAAGUCUUCAACCACGACAUCAGAUGGCACUGGAUUUGGGAGGACAAUUUCUAAGAAAUCGCUGGAUAUGGCUAUCAGACAUAUGGAUAUAAGAAAUGGCAGUGGGGGUGUACGGUCACUAUCAGGAACCACACUGUUUCCUCAGAGCAUUCGACCUGCUUCAUCUAAAACCCAGUCUGCUCGUUCUUUGGAAUCCAGCAACUACAAUGGAAGCAUGGAAAACGGAGACAUCUCAGAUAAUGGGAGCCAUAUUAGUAGGCAUUCAGGGUAUGGAAACAACGGAAGAUACUCUGCGAAAUUGAGUGAAGUGGACAUCUAUGAGAGCUCUCGUUAUGAUGCGAUACUGUUUAAAGAGGACUCUAAAAACACCAGUUGGCUGCAUAGUGUUGAUGAUGACCAAGCAUCAGUCUUUGACCAUGGAUUUGAACCUCUGCCUGAACCUUUUGACACGUUAUAACAUCUGUGGAGAGGAGGAUUUGUUUCCCUGUUACUGUGUUUGUUAAAUUAUUUUUUCUCAUAAUUAUUUAAUCAUUUGAGAAAUGAAAUGUAUUGUUGGUUUUAUCACCAAGAACCAAAUGAAUUGAAGAGCAAAUGCAUAUCUUGUGCAGGGAACUGCUUUUAUUACCA